ACUGGAGCAGUUUCACAUCAACUAUGCGUAUAUUUUUGUUUGUUUGUUUAUGAUUAAUCAUGAUGUAUAUUAUAUUCAGAUUUAUAUUAUUUAAUCAAUAUAAUAUAAUAAUCCUCCAUAAUUAAGCAAUUUCUGCAACUGUUCUCUUGAAAUUUCAUUCAUGAAAAUUUGGCUUUGUUGCGGAGGUCUGAAACUAGUAUUGUCUUUUUUGUUGAAUUUUGUUGCCAGCUAUUUCAUCGAAAACAGAUUAUUAGGCAUUUCUCAUUAGCAUGAACUGUAAUCGUCUCUGAUUUUCACUUUUCGGAGAUGAGCGAAGCGGAGGAAGAAGCGGCUGACUGGCGGAGCAGAGGUGGCGAGAGCUGGUGGCGCAUUACUGAGAACUGGCGGCGGAGUCCAUAUACUUUACGUUCUUCUGGUUUGCCGGUGGCGUGUUCUUUUGGUGCCUGGUUGUUUGCUUGGGGAAAAGACUGCAUACUUUGGAGCUUGUACAUCAUGCUGCAACACCUUGUACCUAAUGCAGAAUAAAAGAAGCUCUUCUUUCAGUUGAAUAGAUGGAUUCAUCAUAUGGAGGAAAUGGAUCAGGUGAAGAAGAAACCUCCAACUCUCAAAAGGGCAAGAAGCAGUACCAUCGUCACUCUACACAACAAAUUCAGCAACUUGAAGCUUUCUAUAAAGAAUGCCCACACCCAGAUAAGAACCAAAGGCAGCAACUGAGCAGGGAGCUAGGCCUUGAUCAGAAGCAGAUUAAAUUCUGGUUUCAAAAUAAAAGGACUCAGAUAAAGGCUCAGAAUGAGAGAGCAGACAACAAUGCUCUUCGGGCUGAAAAUGAACGAAUUCACUGCGAGAAUCUUGCAAUGCAAGAGGCGCUGAAAAACAUCAUUUGUCCUGCUUGUAAUGGAUCAGGUCUUGGGGAAGAAGAGAAACACCACAAUUUACAGAGGUUGAGGAUGGAAAAUGCACGAUUGAAAGAAGAGCAUGAACGGACGAUCAACUUCUUCUCCAAUUAUAUGGGAAAUUCAACUACUCCUCUGCCUGGAGUGGAUUCCCAUAUGAAUAUUCAUGGGAAACAUUUUCUUGGUGAAAGGAUGGGAAUUACUCCUCUUGAUCUUGAACACAUGCCCCGUAAUUCAGAGAAUACCAUAUCGCCACAUUGGUCUAGUGGUAUACAAGAGGCAGAGAAAUCUAUUAUUAUUGAGACAACCAUUAGUGCGAUGGAUGAACUAGUGGAGCUUUUACGUGUGAAUGAGCCGGUGUGGGUCAAGGCUCCAUCUGAUGGGAGAUAUCUGCUCCAUCGUGAUAGCUAUGAUAAGCUUUUCCCCAAGCCAAAUCAUUUCAAAACUGCAAGUGCUAGAUUCGAAUCAUCAAAAGAUUCAGGCGAGGUGUCAAUGGCUGCAAUACAUUUAAUUGAAAUGCUUCUUGAUGUGAACAAAUGGAAAGACAUGUUUUCUACUAUAGUCACAAAAGCAAGGACCAUUGAAGUACUUGAUACUGGAAGCUUGGGUGGUUUGUUACAUUUGAUGUAUGAAAAGUUGCACAUUCUGUCACCUCUUGUGGCUCCUCGAGAAUUCUUUUUCAUUCGGUAUUGCCGGCAGCUUAAUUUAAAUACUUGGGUGAUGGUAGAUGUAUCCUACGAUUUCAUCAAAGAGCUCCAAGAUGCCCCUCCUACUCGCUCUUGGAAGCUUCCUUCAGGGUGUAUGAUUGAAGAUAUGUCGAAUGGAAAAUCAACUGUUACAUGGAUCGAACAUGUUCAAGUGGAUGACAAGUCUUUGACUCAUCGUUUGUAUAGAGAUUUAGUGUGUGGUUGUCAAGCAUAUGGAGCCAAACGGUGGAUUACUACUCUUCAGAGGAUGUGCGAGAGAUUUGCAUUCUCAAUGGGCCUAACUACCACACAUAAACAUGAACUUGAAGGGGUUAUCGACUCACUUGAAGGCCGGAGAAACUUAAUGAAGCUUUCUCACAGAAUGAUGAACAACUUUUGUGAAGCAUUGAGCAUGUCUGAUAAACUUGAUUUUCCACAUCUGUCAGAAUUUAAAAAUAGUGGAGUGCGAGUCUCGCUUCGGAAGAGUAAUGGACUGGGCCAACCCGAUGGCUUCAUUGUCAGUGCAGCUACCUCUCUUUGGCUUCCCGUUUCGAAUGAGAAUCUCUUUAACUUCUUCAAAGAUGAGAAAAAAAGAGUUCAGUGGGACGUCUUAUCCAGUGGGAAUCCAGUGAAUGCAGUUGCACACAUCUCAACUGGGACCCAUCCUGGAAAUUGUAUCUCUAUCAUCCAGCCAUUUGUACCCAAAGAGAACAAUAUGUUGAUGUUGCAAGAGAGUAGCAUCGACCCUUUGGGAGCGAUAAUGAUCUAUGCUCCCAUAGAUCUACAGGCCAUCAUUUCAGUUGUAAAUGGCGAGGACACCAUGAGAAUACCAAUCCUUCCAUCAGGAUAUGUGAUCUCUAGUGAUGGCCGUGCGAACAAGGGAAUGGGAGCUUCAAGUAGUUCGAGCAGCAAUAGUUCUAGUGGUUCACUCCUUACAGUUGCUUUUCAAAUAUUAGUGUGUCAUAGCACAUUAACAAAGCAACUGAACAUGGAGUCAGUUGCCACCGUGCAUACUCUUAUAAGCUCCACCAUUCAAAAGAUCAAAGCAGCACUUGAUUAUCCUGAUUAGGAUCGGUGCAACAUUAGCAUUACUCUCAAAUUGUUUAUGUCACGUAAGGUUUUGGGUGAUGAAUUGCUUACUGACCAUUUUGGCUUUUCCUUGUUUGAUACAAGUAGUUUUUCUUUGCCUUUCAUAUAAUUUGCUAGAGAAUGUGUAACAUCUCUUAGUAAUUUUCUCUUACUAUAUCUCAUGACCGUCUACUAAUCUUGCUAAUUAUUGAUCGGAUGGUAAGAAUAGGAAAAUCGAGUUUAUUUGUCCUUCA